UCAAAACUGUGACCCGUAACCCGGAAGUACUUAUUUCAUCUUGCCAGUUUAACAGCGGGUGAAAAUCAAAACAACGUCUUUGAAAAGCUUUUAUUUUAUAGCUUUUACAGAUAUAUUUUCAAAUAUCAGCUGCUAUUUUCUCGAUGGCGUUGGAAACUUGUCCUAAGGACCUCCGCCAUUUGCGGGCAUGUCUUCUGUGCUCUCUUGUGAAGACUAUUGACCAGUUUGAAUAUGAUGGCUGUGACAACUGUGAGUCCUACCUUCAGAUGAAGGGGAAUCGAGAGAUGGUCUACGAGUGUACAAGUUCCUCGUUUGAUGGGGUCAUAGCUCAGAUGAGCCCCGAGGACAGCUGGGUGGCCAAGUGGCAAAGAAUCAGUACGUUUGUUGUCAUAGGUUAUCCUGUUGGUAACUUCAAGCCUGGUGUCUAUGCUGUGACGGUGACAGGGAGGUUACCUCCAGGGGUGGUGAGAGAGCUGAAGAGCAGAGGAGUGAUCUACAAAUCCAGAGACACCGCUGUUAAGACAUAAGCCUGAUCAUUACCUCUCUACAGGGACAGACGGUCAUCUUCAGCACAGCUUCACGAUGCAACAACACAUCCAUAAACACAGUCUGUGGAGACUGAUGUCGCUAAUGGGUCUUUUCUGUUUGCCAAACACAAGUGCAAAGUCUGAUUUUCAUUUAUGUGUAAUGUCUCAUAGAACUGUCUUGUUUAAUUUGGUUAUGGUGUCGAUUUUGUUUUCAAUGGGAUGGGUUCACUCUGCUAGAAUAGACAUUCUCAUAUUAUGCUAUAAUAAAAAAAAUAGUAUUUACAAACCUGGGGUGUAUUUAUCAUAAUAAACUCUACAUUUUUUAUAAAAACAA